AUGAAUAUGAAGCAAAAUAAUAAUGAAAACAAAUAUAAAGAACCUUCAAAAUUGAUAAUAAAUCAAUAUCUUCACCGAAAUAAAAAGACUCUAAUAUCUACAACGAACCCUUAUCUUUCUAACUGUCAGGAUCAUGAUAAUGGUCGCAAUAAUAAGAUGAGUUCUAUGACUAUAUCAGAUAAAGAGAAAAAAGAAGACAAGCUUUUACUUACUCCACCAAGUUCACCAGAUACAGCCUCUUGUAUUCCUGAAUCUUACCAUUUUCACUAUAAAAAAAAAGUGAACAGCACAUUCGAAUACAACAAUCGUAUUUUACAAGCUAAAAGGAACGGCCAUAUUCGUAUUGUUAUGAAUGAGUUCUCAUCGAUGAAGAAAAAUAAAGUUAAACUUACUCAGCACACAUAUAAUUUAGUUUUAGAGGCUCAUGCCAUUCUACGUCGAGAAGGAACGCCUUUAACGACUAUGCUAAAAGUUUAUAAUGAAAUGAUUCGUGCAAACAUUCAACCAAAUACUUAUACCUAUAUUAUCAUGAUUCGUACAUUAUGUAAACGAGAUGUGGAAGUUCAAAAGACUGUGGCCAUGCUAAAACGUCAAUCAAUGCGAAUCGGCGAAGAAAAUGAAGACAUUCGCAUAUUGGAAUCCGAACGUAAUCUAGAAAGGGCGCUUGCUAUCUUUCGUUACGCGAUUGCGGAUGGUAUCUCUAUCAAUACAUUUGAAAUUGAAACCUUUAACCAAUUGCUUCGUGUCUUGUCUCAUUAUGGUAAUACUGUAGACGCCACUUUUGUCUACCAUCAGUUACAACAGCCUACCGUUAAAGCGAAACCUAAUUCAGCAACCUAUGCAGCCCUUAUCAAUCUCUUUGGUCGUGCAGGCGACAUUGAUACAUCUCUUUAUUAUUAUAACGUUUACACUCAAGUGAAAGACUCAUUAGGUUCCCAUGAUUCUUCUUAUAUCUAUAAUGCUCUUGUUGAUUGUCAUUUGAAAUGUGGACUACUAGAGGGCGCACUUCAUAUUAUUGAGCAUGAAAUGAUUGAAAAGAAUAUUAAAAUAACAUGCAUCCCUUAUAACUCAAUUAUCCGUCAUUACUGUACUCAUAAUCAAAUGGAAGAAGCGGAGGCCCUUAUUGAUCGCUUAAUUCAAGAACAUCAAAGGGAUCCCGCAAAGUAUCCUUACCCUGAUGCUAGUAGCUAUGGGCCUUUACUUGCAGUGUAUUGCCAAGUCAAUCAAUGGGAGGAAGCAACACGUGUUUAUGAUGCCCUUAUAAAAACGGAUAUAUCCAAGGCAUAUGGUAACCUGGCUAAUUAUGCUCUUCUCUGUCUCUCCCAUCACGAUCGACAAAGGGCACUCUCUAUUAUCUCUGAUAUGAGAGGCGCUCAUUUAGAGCCAGAUCCUAUUCUUGCCUGUCGUAUCAUUACCGCCUUUUCUCAAGCAGAAGAAAUAAAUGAAGCAAUUGAAGCUCUUUCCAUUUUACAACAGGCUAUGUCUCCUCGUGCACUCACGAAGGGCUUUCAUCAUCUCAUGGAGGCUUCGCUUUCUAUUGUACUUCAUUGUGCUUGCGUACGUCAAGUAUUACAAGUUCUACAUACUAUCUUGCCUACUUUAAUUAAAAACAAUCAAGAUAUCCUUAACAAUCACAUCUCUCACUCUUUUCCUACUCCAUAUGACAUCAUGUGCAAGACUUUACUAGACUCUUACUUUGACAUGGACUCCCCUAGGGAUAUACAGUAUACAUUCACAACAGCCGAUUUUCAGUUAAUCUUUGAUGCUGCAUUUAUAGUUUGUGUCCAUAACGAAAUGAACCCGUCUACUACUUUAAGUCAUGUUCUCUUACAACUUUUACAAGACAUGCAUACCUUGGGUCUGAAUGUUUCUAAUGAGCUAUUUAAUCAUGUACUUGAUCAAAUACGAGCUCGUGGUGAUUUAGAAGCUGAAGCGAAAUGGAUCUCUGCCUUUUCUAAUAUGGAGGUAUCAUCUUCAACAUCAGCCAUGGAUAAGAGUGUUGCUGUUGCUGUUGUUGUUGAAAGACGCUAUUCGUUAUCUACUAAAACAAGUGAGCAAGAUGAUGAUGAUGAUGAUGAUGAUGAGGAGGAGGAUGAUAUUGAUGAUGACAAUGAUAUUGAUAUUAUUCUCAAAAUAGAUAAUAAAGAAAACGAUUAUUGUAGUAACAUAACAACAACAACAAUGGCUUUGUCUUCUACUGAUAAUACUGCUGAAGUCGUCUCUCAAAGAAUUCUUAAGGCCGUUAUGAAUCGGCAUUAUGCAGAAGCUAUCCAUAUCUUUGAAGAUUGUAUUAUCUGCCAAGGUUUAAUACCUACACCAGAAAUCAUGCGUGAUGUGAUCACACUCGCUGGCAAACAGGGUCACCCUCAGACCUCUCUCACCCUGUACCACAACUCGAUAUAUGCCUUUAAGGAUAUCCGAGAUACGCAAACGAGGGAGAAGGCGAUUUACAUGGCAACAAACAGUCUUUUGAUUGUCUAUGCACAAAUGGGUGAUAUGGAGAAAGCUAAAGUCUACUAUGACCGUAUCAAGGUGAUGGGGUACCAUCCCGAUAGUGAUGGAUAUGCGAGUCUCUUACUAGGCAGUGCGAAAAGUGCUACAGAUGAAGCCACAGAUGCUCUUGCCAUCUAUGAUGAAGCUAAACGUCAUCAUGUAAAGCCCACCACCUUCUUUUAUAAUGUCAUUAUUUCCAAAUUGGCCAAGGCUCGAAGGUUAGAUACAGCUCUUACCCUCUUUGAGGAAAUGCGACACCUUAAGGUCCCUGCUAAUUCCAUCACUUAUGGUGCCAUCAUCUCUGCUAGUGUCCGUUCAGGAUCCAGGAAGCAAUCCCAUCGUCUCUUUGAAGAAAUGCUCUCCUCACCUUCCUAUCAACCUCGUGUGGGACCGUUCAAUAAUAUGAUGCAACUUUAUGUACGUCAACAUCCAAAUCGAGAGCGAGUCUUAGAGUACUUUGCAGAGAUGCGUCGCCGUCAUAUCAAACCUUCCCCUCAUAGCUAUAAGUUAUUGAUGGAGGCUUAUACCCAUAUCCCCCCUUAUGACAUGCUCACGGCCCACAAGUUAUUAAGUGAUAUGAGACGACGUGACCAUCUUCGUCCUCAGGCUACACAUUAUGCAACCCUCAUUUACUCCUAUGGUAUCCUUCAACGUGAUGUACAGAGCGCAGAACGUGUCUAUGCUGAAAUGAUAAAAGCAGGUAUUCAUCCUGAUGAGGGUGUCUACCAAGCUAUGAUCGAUACGUUUAUUAGUAAUAAUGAUUUAGAAAAGGCAGAGCACCUCUAUUAUGAAGAGAUGAAAAAGGAUACAAGACUUCAAAAGAGGGGUAGUGGUGGUGGUGGAUCACCUUAUAUUGAAAACCUCUUUAUUCGUGGCUAUGGUGAAAGAGGCCAGCUCGAGAAGGUAGAGGCUCUCUUUGAGGCAAUGUCAGAUGAUAAAACACAACAGCAUUUAUUUGUCAUUCGAGAACCAAGCACUUAUGAAGCUAUGAUUCGUGCUUAUGUUGAAAAUAAUAAAGUAGAUAAAGCAAAAGAAAUUUUUGAUCUCAUGGUGAAGCGUGAUUUCCCUCCUAAAGUCAUUAGUGCCGUUGCAGAAUUAGUACCGGAAUAA